AUGUCGAACCGGAAGAAGGUGGCCUACUUCCACGACCCCGAUAUAGGGAGCUACUACUACGGGGCGGGGCACCCGAUGAAGCCACAGAGAAUCCGCAUGACGCAUUCGCUAAUUGUGUCAUACAAUUUGUACAAGUACAUGGAGGUGUACAGGCCACAUAAAAGUGACGUGAACGAAUUAACCUUAUUCCAUGAUUAUGAGUAUGUGGAUUUUUUAUCUUCCAUUUCGAUGGAAAAUUAUCGUGAAUUUACCUACCAACUGAAGCGUUUUAAUGUCGGAGAAGCAACAGACUGUCCUGUGUUCGAUGGACUUUUCCAAUUCCAGCAGUCCUGUGCAGGUGCAUCAAUAGAUGGAGCAGCGAAGCUAAACCAUCACUGUGCUGACAUUUGUGUGAAUUGGUCAGGAGGGUUACACCAUGCGAAAAUGUCAGAAGCAAGUGGGUUCUGUUACAUAAACGAUAUAGUGUUAGGAAUUCUAGAGUUACUAAAAUACCACGCAAGGGUGAUGUAUAUAGAUAUAGAUGUGCACCACGGGGAUGGAGUAGAAGAAGCUUUUUACGUUACACAUCGAGUUAUGACAGUAUCCUUUCAUAAAUUUGGGGAUUACUUUCCCGGGACGGGGGAUAUUACCGACAUAGGAGUACACCACGGAAAAUACUACAGUGUGAAUGUACCCCUGAAUGAUGGAAUAACAGACGAUGCGUUUGUGGAUCUCUUCAAAGUAGUGAUAGAUAAGUGUGUGCAAACAUACAAACCGGGGGCAAUUAUAUUGCAAUGUGGGGCAGAUAGUCUUACAGGAGAUAGAUUAGGAAGAUUCAAUUUAACCAUAAAGGGGCAUGCAAGAUGUGUAGAACACGUUCGGUCGUAUAAUUUACCUCUUCUCGUUUUAGGUGGAGGAGGAUAUACCAUUAGAAAUGUGUCUAGAUGUUGGGCAUACGAAACGGGAGUUGUCCUUAACAAACACCAUGAAAUGCCUGACCAGAUUAGCUUAAAUGACUACUAUGAUUAUUAUGCCCCAGAUUUCCAGCUACAUCUACAACCGUCUAGCAUACCGAAUUAUAACUCUCCUGAACAUUUGAGUCGAAUAAAAAUGAAAAUUACAGAAAAUUUGCGAAACAUAGAACAUGCACCGGGGGUGCAGUUUGCCUACGUACCUCCCGAUUUCUUCGACUCUGAAAUUGACGAUGAGUGUGACAAGAACCAGUAUGAGUUAAAGGAUGAUAGUGGCGGGGGUCGUGCGGCGGGCACCAGGUCCAAGGAACAUUCUACCACGCACCACUUGAGAAGGAAGAAUUACGAGGACGAUUUUUUCGACCUCUCCGACAGGGACCAGAACGUCGUCCUGUAG